GUGAAGAUGAGAGUGUGGAUCAGAAAGCUGCGUCUUAUGACAUUAAAUUAAUUGGAGCAAAUGGACGAGGACAUUUAUGGAAUGAUGAGAUGUCCGAUGUAGAUGAUGAUGAGGCUAAGAAUAUUAAAGUUGCAGCCCUAGCAUUUGAUAUAUCCAAUCUGACGCUCACUGAUAAUGAGUCGUCAGCAUCUUUGAUAAGUGAUGGGUCUUCUGAAGAAGAAAGUGAUUUUGAUGAACCAACUACUUUAGAAGUUUUCUCAAAGGAGGUCACACAAACUCUCGAACGUGCAUUUUCAGAAGGUCAUACCGUAGAAAUAGCGUCUUUAGAGUUAAAUACUUUGCGUAUGGCUUCAAAUACUACAUUUCACGAUACACGAACUGUGGUAAUACCAACUAUCUUUGACCAAAUUAAUACUGAUAAAUUGUUAUCUAGCACCAAAGACAUAUUAUCUCGUUGGGGAUUACUCAUCGGGAAAUUAGUUCAUUCUAAAGCUGAUCAGGUCGAUGCUUUAUUUAUAUUACAGGAAUUUUGUGCGAAUUCAGAUAUCCUUAACAAAACUUUCGCUCCUUCGCUUCGAAUAUUAUAUGAAAUAGAUGUGAUAGGAGAAGACGCAAUUUUAGAAUGGUAUUAUGAUGAACGUUCUAAUGGAGGCGUUGUAAAACAAGCUUAUUCUAAAUUACGUGAUGCG